CGACAUUCUUCGUAUAAAAAGCCGAUGCAGAAAAUUUUGAUCGGCGCAGGUUUUUGUUUGACAUUUAGACAACAAGCCAAUAUUUUACAACACCAAAUUACAGUGAAUAUUUUAGUGUUUUUAAAAUUAAAAUAAAACAUUUUCAUUAUUAAGUGGUUUUGAAACAUUCAGUCCAAUGAAUGAUUUGUACUUUGAUAACCUGAGUGACGUGGAAUUACGUCAGGAAUUACAGAAAUAUGGGUUUCCUAAUAUGCCGGUUACAGAGACUACGCGGAAUUUACUGAUUAAGAGACUUAAAAAUCACGUAUUGAAUGGUUCUUCUGCGACCAAAUCAUCAAGAAGUAACAGACGAAGUUUGCAGUCGUCAACAAAUAGCUCCAGAAAACAGACAUCUUCACCAGGAAGGCGAACAAAUGCCUCUCCUUCUAGACGCCAGACAAUUGCUGCCACAGUUUCUGCAGCAACAUAUACAAACAAUAAUGUCAACAAAAAUAUUCAAGAACACCCAACAGUUGCCGUCUCCAGCAACAGCAAUAGAGACUACUAUCUGUCCAAUGAGGGAAGGUCGUACUUGAAUAGGGACUAUGACAGUUAUUCCAACAAUCGGCCAUUGUCUUCUCAUCUAACAGUGGAAGAUACUAGUUACUCGAAUUCUCCAUCAAACUCGAAAUAUGCUAGUAAACUUAGCCCAAAAACAUCACCAAAAAUAUAUGUCCCACCUCCGAUUAUGUCUAGCGAUAUGCCGCAUUUUAAUGCCUCACGAGUUGAUACUACCACACGUAUUUCACGUGAACCAGAGAGGACACCUAUGAGGAAUGGCAAGGAAAUGCCGGGUGUUGUAAGCCGCUUACUUAAACUUCGUAAUAUUACAAUUGGCAGAUCCCACACUAAUACACCAUAUACUCCGUCUACAACAAACCAUUUUUAUCUAUCUGAUUCUGAUUCGGACAGCGGAAGUCCCACACGUUACUCUUCAUCCUUUAAUAGAAGACCAAAUCGUACAUUUAGCGAUAAUCUAUGGAAUCGUCUCAAUAUUAAAAACAAAUUCAAGCAAUCAUCAGUGCCAUAUCUACUCAUAACCUGCUUAGGACUAUUCUUCCUAGUCUUGGCUGUAUUGUAUAUGACCAAACCACCCGAUAUGCCCAGUACUAUGUUAGAGAAGAGCACGACAUUUACCUUGUGCGAAGAUUUGUCGUCGGUAGCUAAACCUUCUAUCAACUGUAUCGACAACGAGUUGUUGGGGCCUUCACUUGCCUUGAACAAGGAACUCAUACAGCUUUUGCAGACGAAUAUCGAAGCCCAUUACUGUAGAGAACAUUCAGUUAGUCCUGAAGUGACUGGUACUGAAUUUAUGAAAUACCUGUAUAAGAAACGUACCACGGAUGCCCAUAAAUUGUUAAAGAGUUUUCACGCUGCUCUUUACCUGAUCGAACAUAAUCCGCAGUGGAAAAUUCAAAUACUCAGUAGACGUAGCGAAGGUCCCCAACAACUUCCCGAUAUUUAUAAACAAGAUAUACAAUUUGGCCUGCUUAAACCGUAUUUGCCCUUAAAGUGCAUAUUGUUUAAUAAAAUGCAACGCUUUUUCUUAAUAAUUGGUAGUGUAUUCUUGGUUGCGCUUUUGGUGGGUGCAGUGUUUGUAAUGUGGCGCUUUUGGAAUCAACGCAGACAAUUCCGUUUGAAAACUGUGGAAAAUUUCACCAAAGAAAUUGUAAAAGAAUUAAUACAUCGUGCAACGCUUAAAGACGAAACUCAAGGCGAAAUAAUAGUCAAUCACUUGAGAGACAAGUUAAUACCAUUAAAUAAGCGGAAAUCUUUGCUUUGGGCUUGGAAUGAAGCUUUACAAAAGUUGGAAGCCAGCGACAGUCGCAUACAAUUUGGAUGUAUUCUACAGAAUGGUGAAGAAUUUCGAACUAUGAAGUGGGUCGAAUCAAUAUUGUCCACUUCAAUGUCAUCUGCAUCCUCGUCGUCGCCCUCGACAUCUGCAUUACAUCAGGAUAAUUCCGAUCACCGUUUGAAGAAGAAACAUUGGCAGAGUCCAGCUUUCGAUAAUGUCAAUAAAAUAUCCGAUCCUCCAACACCCUGUUUAAAAAUACGCCAUAUGUUUGAUGCGGCUGAGGCCAAUUUGCCCGAUUUAAAACAAAACAUAAUCGAAUCGAUUCUGGAAAAAGUCGGACCACAAUGUAGAAUAUAUGACAUUCAGUUAGAUCGUCAAAGCUGUUGUGUUUAUAUACGUUGUGCAAGUGAAAAAGACGCUGGCAUUGUUCACAACGAGAUCAAUGGCUGGUGGUUUGAUAAUCGUUUGGUAUCCAUAAAAUUUUUACGCCUACAACGUUAUUUAGUACGCUUUCCCAACUCGACCAGUAUCGUUCCGAUCACCAUUAAAAACUCGAAAUAGCUGAAAUGUUCUAACAAGUUUUACAUUAUUCAAUAUUGCCUUGAAUGCACAUUCAUUUAAUUACAUUAAUACAUACAUAUAUAUUAUUUCUUACUUUUUUAAUUUAGUAAAAUAAAUACAAAUUUCAUGUUUAAAUUUGUAAAAGAAAAAAUACUGAAUAAUUUAACACAUACAUACACACAAAUGUCUAAUUGUAAAUCGUUACCGAUCAUUUUUUUUAAUAAAAUGAAAAACUGUUUUAACAAAGUUAAAUUUAACUUGCCAUGAAA